CCCGGACCGUGAGUGUGUGCGAGUGUUAGAGGCAGAGCGGAGCGGCUGGGUCUGGGCGCGCACGGCCGGGCUUCCUGCAGCCUCUAGCUCCUGCUCCGAUCGCCCGAGCACCGGGCGCCCUUCCCGAAAGGCCCGAGGCCGCCGAGGAGCACGCGUGCGGGGCCCGGGGAAGAGCGCGGGGCAGCCGCCGAGGAGAUGCCCGAGUUCCUGGAGGACCCGUCGGUGCUGACGAAAGACCGGCUCAAGAGCGAGCUGCUCGCCAACAAUGUGACGCUGCCGGCGGGCGAACAGCGCAAGGACGUCUACGUGCAGCUCUACCUGCAGCAUCUCACGGCGCGCAACCGGCCCCCGCCGCCACCCGCUCAGCCCCCGCCGCCGGCUCCGGCCGCCAACAGCCGCGCGCCCCCGGACUUCUCCAGCGACGAUGAGCGCGAGCCCACGCCGGUGCUGGGCGCCGCGGGCCGCGGGCGAGGAGGAGGCGCCGCCGCUGGAAGGAAAGCCACAAAGAAAACUGACAAACCCAGAUCAGAGGAGAAAGAUGAUCUUGAUGUAACUGAACUCUCAAAUGAAGAGCUGUUGUGUCAACUGGUGAAAUAUGGAGUAAAUCCUGGCCCUAUUGUGGGAACUACCAGGAAACUAUAUGAGAAAAAAUUGCUAAAAUUAAGAGAACAUGUUCUAGAAUCCAGAUCUUCCACACCUCUGCCAGCAGUGUCUUCAUCAGCAGAAAAUGCUAAACAGAAUGGAAAUGAUGACUCCGAUAGAUACAGUGACAAUGAAGAAGAGCUCAAACUUGAGAAGAGAGAACCAUUAAAAGGCAAGGCAAAGACUCCAGUAACCCUCAAGCAAAGAAGAGUUGAACAUAAUCAGAGCUAUUCUCAAGCUGGACUUACUGAGACUCUCUGGACAAGUGGAUCUUCAAAAAGUGGACCCCUGCAGGGAUUAACUAGGGAGCCUACAAGAGGGUCGAGAAGAACUCCAAGAAAAAGGGUGGAAACUGCAGAACAGUUGCGUGUAGAUGGUGCAGUAAUUUCAGAGAGUCUUCCUAUAGCUGAAACUAUAAUGGCUUCAAGCAACGAGAACUUAGUUGUCAAUAGGGUGACUGGAAAUUUCAAGCAUGCAGCUCCUAUUCUGCCAAUCAGUGAAUUCUCAGACAUACCCAGAAGAACACCAAAGAAACCAUUGACAAGAGCUGAAGUGGGAGAAAUGACAGUAACAGAAGAAAGAAGAAUUGAAAGAGAUAUUCUUAAAGAAAUGUUUCCCUUUGAAGCAGCAACACCAACAGGAAUUAGUGCUAGUUGUCGCAGACCUAUCAAAGGGGCUGCUGGCAGACCGUUAGAACUUGGUGACUUCAGGAUGGAGGGAACAUUUUCAUCAAAAUAUGUCCCCAAAUAUGCUCCCUUGGCUGAUGACAAGACAGAAAAGACAAGAAAAGGACGCUCCAUUCCCAUGUGGAUAAAGAUUUUGCUUUUUGUUAUUGUGGCAGUUUUCUUGUUUUUGGUCUAUCAAGCUAUGGAAACCAACCAAGGAAAUCCUUUUUCUAAUUUUCUUAAUGAUGAGUCUAAUGCUUUUCAGGCAAAGGCCAACUGAGUGUUAUCUCGAUGGCACACCCAACCAAUUUGGUCUCCUAUUUUUAAUAACUAGAAAGAACUCUUGUUGGCUCAAGAUCUACUUUUAAAAUAAUGUGUUUUCAACUUCUUAAAUUUAAUAUUGCAUUGAAAAUGAACAAGACAGUACAAAUGGACCUCCAGUUUAAGUGUUUUGGACCUUGGACUAGUAGGAGAUCACCUUGUGCCAUAUGAGUAAUCUUUUUUUAGCUCUCUGAAACUUUUUUGUAGGCUUUAUUUUUUUAAUGUGAGCAUCUUAAUUCUUUUUUGAGAAAAUUGUAUAUUUGUUUUGUGUUUUGGGUAAAUGAGAAGGGCAAAAUAUGGUAGAAUAAUGUGAAGCUAAAUGUUUUAAAUGCUCUUACUUCAUGCAGAAAAGAUUUUUAAAAAAUAUUUCUCCUGGACAGAAUGUUUAGAGAAGCAAUGUGAAACAUAAUCUUAUGCAGGAUAAAGGGAAAUUCAUUGGAGGUUGUGUUUUCUAUAACUACAGCCAAGUAUUUGACAUUGUUUAUUUGAAAAAGUACAGCAAUAAUCGCUUAUGUAACUUUUUAGUAAUGUUACUGUAAUCCUGUUGUACUCAUUUUUAUAACAGAUUUCUAGUAUCAUGAGUUCUAUUAGUAAAUUCACCUAAGCGUAGAAUCAGGUUUUACCUGAAGGUCAUUUUUUAGUGUUACAUUUAUACAUUUGAGAAACCUGUUACUAGAGCACUGUAGUUCAAAACUUAAUCCUUGUUUCCCCCAGAAACAUUUAUUUCUUAUUGACACUUGGUUAAUUUAAUCAAUUCCAGUUUACUACUAAAAUAACAUUUAGAUGAAAAAGGGUGUGUGUGUGCGUGUGCGCACGCGCGCGCGUAUGUGCAAAGAAUUUAGGAAAUUUAUAUAGCACCAUACUUAAAUUUCUUCCAUCUGUUUGACUUAAAUUAACUGUUAAACUAGAUUCAUUUCAUUAAGCAAAUUUUGCCAAUUCUUUUUGCCCUUUACGUAAUGUAAUCUGAUUAUAAUGUGUUUCAUAAAUGUUUAUUUUUAAAUUGCAUUGUUACUUUCUUGGAUACUCCAUCCUUUACUCUUGAAGUUCUAUACUCUUGAUGUGAGGAGGGCAUUAUAAUGCUAUGUAUUCACUCUUUUGUAGUUGUCUUAUUUUUUAAAAUUGAAAUUUACCUCAUAUAACUUGGUUAAGUAGACAGCUGAGAUUUUGGUAGGAUCAAGUGAAAUGUGUAAAAAUUAAAACUUGUGUUUUUGAAUUUGAAAUAUACAGCCAUUGGUCAUAUAGUAUACUUUAUACAAAUAAGUUAUUUUAAAAUACCAUGUCUUAUAAAGACUGACAUUUCUAAUAAAAGAAUAAACUAAAGACAUAUGUUUAGAUGGGCACUAAAUUUUGAUCUGAACUGGACAUAAUCUAAUAUUUAGUUUGUCGAUAAUCUCUAGGCAUUUUACUUUUAUUGUCAAGACCAGGUACUCUUAAUUUUUGAGUAAAGGGGCUGAAAUACCAACUCUUAACCUAGAAAUAUUUGCUGAUUAGAAUGAAAUUGCUUCUUUCUAUUAAAGUACUUCACUUCAAGAGAACAUGUUCUGCCCUUUUCCGCCAGCACAGGAGUUGAUACUUGGUUGUAGUCUUGUUUUUAAAUUUUUCUCAUUUAGUUAAUAUGUUUAGGUCUUAUGUUCUUCCUUUAGAAAUUGUUAAGGAACACAUUUGAUGUUUUAAAAAGCUAGGAAAAUCAACAUGACUUAAGUGUUGUAUAUAGCAUAUGAUCAAUUCUCUUAUAGGAAAAAUGUGGUCCAAAAUAUCACAGAUAGGACUCACUUAAACAAAUAGUCAAUUUCCAAAAACAAACAAAACCCCGUGUACUCUGUUUUGUCUUUGUCUGUUUUAUGCCACUAAAGUAAAUGUGUCUGAACAGUAAAUUUGAAGCAUUUCUGAUUAAAUUGUAGAAGUAGUCAUUAAUACUUUACAAUAUAAUCUGAUUAAUAAAAAAUAAAUUACUUCUAGUCUUGUCAUUGUAGUAAGUGCUUUUCAGAUAGCAUAGGUAAGUUCUUUAAAUGAUCCCCAGAAAAUAAAUAUUCUCUUGGGAUAUUUGUGAAUCAUGAUAUGAUAUAAUUUUUUUUUAAAUUUCAGUUCUUAUAUUAAUGUAUCAUUCCACAUUUUAUUUUUGAUAUUUAAAUAAGUCAUUCAUUCAUUAGAUCAUAAAUAUAUAUAUCUUUCAUGUUCCUGGUUGUCAUUGGAAAUAAUGAUCAAUCUCCACUAUUGGUUCUUUCCCCCCAUCAUAGUUCUUCUUUCUAGGUGCUUUGAACUUAUUAAUAGUCCCUUCAGGAUUUCUUAAGUCCUGCUGUUGGACCUGGUAACUAAAAGAGAUUUUGGUCUUCCCUUAGGGUUAAUGCUUUUCAAUGUUUAUGUAGCAACAAUUACCCCUUUAUGUAACAUACCAGAAAAUUGUCUUCCAAUAAGUGAUCUCAUUAUCAGGGUUGUUAUAAAUCUCACUUUUGCUUUAAUAUCCUUUAAUGUGACUCUACAGCAUUUAUAAUAGGUUCAUGAGUUGUUUUGUUUUAUGUUUUGAUGUACCUGUGGUUAAUUUUUUAUUUGUUAUAUUUUAGUUACCAAUCAAAUUGCCACCAGGAGAUUGGACUGGUUAGCCUUCAACAUGUCCUUUAUUUGAUUUUGCCUUUGAAUUUGGGAAAAUCUUACAGGAAUUCAUUGACAAAGUAUUUGAAUAAUGUAAUGCAGAAACACCAGUUUAAUUUAAUCUCCUUGACAAUAAGAAUGUUCUGUCAAAAAUAGUGCUUUCUUUAUCCCUGAGGAGAAAAUUGGCCAUAGUCUCUGUAUUUGUGGGAAAAGAAACAUAAAUCUGAGUUUCGGACUUGAUCUUUCCUUAAGAGAUCUAUAGCGAGCCAGCAUCAAUUGCAGAGAUGCUCAUGAAUUUUAAAUGCAAUUAUAUACUUUUUCAUUUGGCUUUGUGUCAUCCAAAAUAUGACUGAAGUUUACAUAUUCAUCUUGUUAGCUGUAAUGCAAUGAAUUAUAAAAGAAAUAGUGGGAACAGUACAUUCUAAUGAGCUUUGUUAUAUAUGACACUUAUAUAGGCCUUUUGGGAUUCAUUAUUUUUGACCAACUUUGUAUAGAAAUAUUAUUUUUAUAGGGUGUCUUCAGGCUUCUCCUUAGAACUGAUAGUAAGGUCAAGAUACAUCCUCCUAUAGCAGAGUUUGAAGUGCCAGCAGGAAGAUAUGAUGAAUUACUAUUUAUUACUGAAACAUGAUUUAUCACUAACAAAUUGUUACUACUGAUCAACUCUUAUCAUUGGGCCUCAAUUCCUUGUAUAGAAAGUGAAAGGGGUCUAAAAUAACUUGAUUAGUAAGGUCUCUAAUAUUUUUUAACUUCCCAAGAAGGAGCUUGAUUUGUUGGAACUGUGUUCCUUGAGUCUCUUCAGCAAUCACAAAGAAUACAAAUUGGAUAAAAGUCCAGAGAAUCCUUGGAACAGAACACUUCACUGUCAGUAUGUAGUGAAAUUUCUAAGUGGAAAACUUGAUUAGAACUUGUUUCAUCUGUACCUUAAAAAGUUGGGACCAGAGCAAAAAAACAUUGGAGUUUGAAGGUGCAGUCAAAAAAUGAAGGGUAAGAAGUAGGAAUGAAUCAUAAAUAACUUCUGGCCAUCUUUUCCACACUGUACCAGAAUUAUAAGUCCUAUCUACAUCUCUGAUCUCUGCUUCAAGGUUUCUAGUGAUAGAAACUCACUUCCCUUGAGGGGGCAGUCCAUUUUAAAUUUAUAGCUCUAACUAGAUGUAAGAGUUUUUCUUAAAAUCUUCUUUUCUUUAAUUUCAAUUUAUUUACUGGAUUUGGUUAUUGCUUCUGAAGAUAGAAGUUUCUAGUAUCUCUUCCAUGUGAUAAAUCUUUAAAAAAUGUUUUUUUAAUUAAUAAAAAUGUGUCUUUUCUCCCUUUCCCCUUUUGUUUGCCACCUCUCCCAUAUGGGAAGAAAGCUUUGCAAUAAACUUAAGUGAAGUAAAA